UGGAUCGCCAUUUUCUUCCUCUCCGCCGGUGAGUUGCUGUUCUGAGGUAUUCGUGACUUCGCUCCUGCACACUCCGCUUCUUCCGGGCCUUUGACAUUCUGAAAGGGUCACUCCUGAAAGCUCAAAACCCAGGACGUUGAAGCUCGCUUUUUUCGUUUUCUCUCCGGCUAGUUUGUGCACAGUGUCGUGAAGGAUGUCCUCCGAGAGUCCAGAGUAUUCCCCCUUCUUCGCAGUGAUGGGCGCCUCGGCAGCGAUGGUGUUCAGUGCACUUGGAGCUGCGUAUGGCACCGCCAAGAGCGGCACAGGCAUUGCUGCUAUGUCUGUGAUGAGACCGGAGCUGAUCAUGAAGUCCAUCAUCCCUGUGGUCAUGGCGGGUAUCAUUGCCAUCUAUGGUUUGGUGGUGGCCGUACUCAUUGCCAACAACAUUUCACAGAAUCUUGUUCUUUACAGGAGUUUUCUUUACCUGGGUGCUGGUCUGAGCGUGGGUCUGAGUGGCCUUGCUGCCGGCUUUGCCAUCGGGAUCGUAGGAGAUGCAGGAGUUCGAGGCACAGCCCAGCAGCCUCGCCUGUUGUUGGCAUGAUCCUUAUUCUGAUCUUUGCUGAGGUGUUGGGGCUCUAUGGGCUUAUUGUUGCCCUUAUCCUCUCCACCAAGUAAACAGCGUUAUUAAUAAUUAUAAUUCUACUGAUACAGAAACCCACCCACUACAAACACACACAAAAUACCAACUCUUACAUCCACUUAAUGAAACAGAAUUAAUUACAUCACAUGAACAGAAGAAAGAGGAGCGUGUUUGUGUGUGUGUAUGAAGGUGUGUGCGUGUGUGUUUGUGCUUGGUGGGCAAUUAAAUGUAUGAGGGAGCUUUCCGCUCUGUGUGUAUUAUAGUAGCCUGAUGUGCGUCUCAUUGUAAAUGCACUGUGUAGCUUGUGAUCUUGUCUUGUUGGUGUUUAGAUAGCUCCCCCUACCCUUAUCGCUACACUUGUUUGUUUGCGCUUUUAUUUUGUGUCUCCUCCCCCCCCUUCUUGUUUGAAGAACAAAUCAUCCGGGUUUUUUUUUUUUUUGGUUUUUUUCGCUAUUUUGGGACCAUUUGCUGACUAAUGCUAAUAUUGAGGACUUAACUGUAAAAAAAAAAAAAAAAAAAAAGAAAAAUUGCAUUUUUCACUGAUUAUUUAUGGAGAUUUUGAAAUGUUCAUGAAAUUGUUUAAUUGAAAGUCUUUAUUGAAAUCCCAGUGAUCUCUAUAUAUAAAUACAUGUAUCAGAAGUAUAUAUAUAUAUCUGUAUAGGUAGGUGAAUUGCACUGUGGGUAAUUUUGUGCUUGGAGUUCCUCUGGAUGUAAUCAUCGGUUACCAUGCAAAUUUUGUUGUCCGUAUCAAAAUUAUUGGUGUGGAAGUUUACAGAGCGUGCAGUCUGUGAGUGUAUGCACGCAUAUGUUUGUGUGAAUGUGGUUGUUUUAAUUCUGAGGUGACAUUCUUUGAACAACGUGUAGCGUUACACCUGUAGCUACUGUUUCUGAUUGCAUUGAUGGGCACACACCAGCCCGGCCCAUCCUGUUUCCAAAUAAAACUUCCUCAACUUCCA